CCUACCGUCGCACCCUCAUUAACCUCAUAGCAUGGCGACUCAGGGGAGGUCCAAAUGGGCAAUCGACGACGGCGAAGCAGCUUCAGCUGCGGCUCAGCGCAAGAAAGAGAAGGAAGAACGAAAAAGACUGAAAGAGGAGAAGGCACGAAAAGCAGCAAUUGCCAGCAGCAUAACCAACAAUGGCGCCAAUGACGAAGAACGGCCGACCAAGAGACAGCGCACAUCGCCCCAACCAGAGCCAGAGGCAGAGUCAGACAACAAUGAAGAAGGCGCCCAUCUUCUACGAUUUCCAACACGGAGAUUCGGCCCUUGCGGCAGCGUCGAUCAAUUCGAGCAGCUCAACAACAUCGAAGAAGGAUCCUAUGGGAUGGUAUCAAGAGCACGAAGGAAAGACACUGGCACCAUCGUGGCCCUGAAACAUCUCAAAAUGGAACACACCGCAGACGGAUUUCCCGUCACAGGACUUCGCGAAAUCCAAACCCUCAAAGCGUGCAAAAACCCCAAUGUGGUCACACUUUUAGAAGUCGUCAUGGGCAGUACAUUGAAAGAUAUAUAUCUAGUCAUGGAAUUCCUCGAACACGACCUCAAGACAUUACUCGAAGACAUGGCCGAACCAUUUCUCCCCUCUGAAACCAAGACCCUCAUGUUACAAAUCGUCUCUGGCGCCAACUACCUCCACGACAAUUGGAUCAUGCAUCGCGACCUCAAAACAUCCAAUUUACUCCUCAACAACCGCGGAGAAAUCAAACUCGCCGACUUUGGCAUGGCCAGAUACACAGGAAACCCUCGACCUAAACUAACCCAACUUGUCGUCACCUUAUGGUAUCGGGCACCAGAACUCCUCCUCGGCGUCGACGAAUACGGAUUCGAAAUCGACGUAUGGAGUCUCGGCUGUAUAUUCGCCGAAUUACUCACCAAAGAACCCGUUUUCCCCGGCCAGAACGAAGUCGACCAAUUAUCCAAGAUCUUCGCACUGCUAGGCACACCCACCAACGAAACUUGGCCGGGCUUUCGACAACUCCCCAACGCCAAAGCCUUACAUCCAAUCAUCUCAAAAUCUACAUCUCAAUAUUCACUCACCAUGUCCAAAUUCCCCUACCUCACCAAUUCCGGCCUCCGGCUCUUGGCGUCGAUGUUAUCCAUGAAUCCCAAUAGUCGUCCGAGCACAUCUACGAUUCUCAAUCAUCCGUAUUUCAAAGAAGAUCCUCGUCCGAAAGCGAAGGAAUUGUUCCCUACCUUUCCUAGUAAGGCGGGCCAAGAGAAGCGGAGACGAAAGGCGACGCCUCAGGCUCCGGUUCGUGGUGAUGCUCCUAGACUGGAUGAACAGGAAUUCGAGGGGAUUUUUGCAGGACGAGCCGAUGAGCAGCAAGGGGCAGGGUUUGCGCUUCGGCUUGGGUGAGGUUUUGGGAGAGAAGUUUACUUUUAAGAUCGCCUGGAUUAGAAUAGACUUGACAGGUACAUAGUAUAACACAUCAUCAGAGUGGAUACCCAAUAUACACUGUCAGCUACGGGGUCGCUGCAGUGAGAGGUUCUUAUUGUGUCAUGAGGUUGAUUUU